UUUUUUCUUUUAGAGGAAUAUUUUGUGUCUUGUUUUAACAUAUAAAAAAUUGUAAACCUAAAUUUGAAAAACACCUUAACACACUCUCCUCUCCUCUCUUCUCCGGUCAUCUCCAGACUAUGCUAAUCAUCACCAUCCAAUAUAAAUCCGUAUUUAAGAGUCUUUGGCCUUGAAUUUCGACUUAGGUGACGUGAACCCAUGAACUCUUGCAAAAACCUUACUUAAGUUUCUUUCUGGGCUGUGCUUAUGAAAAGCUUCACUUUCUCUCUCUUUACCUAUCGGAUUACUCCUCACAUGUUUCCCUGUCAAGAAGUUUCUUUGGGUUGUGGUAUUAAAGGUCUGUUCUAUAGGAGAAUACACAGUCAUAACAUUUGUAGACCUGUGAUAAAUGGUGGAGUAGUACUGAAUAACAGAUAUGCUUCUCCUGAAACUCAUUCUAUUCUUCAAUCAAGUGGUCUCCAGCACUGGUUCAAGAAUUGGCAGCAACUAAGAAAGAAUAAAUUGACUGCAAGCACUUUUGCUUCUGCCAUUGGGUUUUGGCGUAAGCGAAGAGUCCAACUGUGGUUAGAGAAGAUUGGGGCCAUUGAGCCGUUCUCUGGUAACCUGGCAACAUGUUGGAGUAAUAUCAAAGAAGAGGAAGCCCUUGAAAGAUACAAACUGAUCACUGGAAAUACGGUAUUGUUUCCAGAGUUUCAGGUUUAUUCAGCGAAAACAAACCCGGGAGAUGAUUGGUUGGCAGCUUCACCAGAUGGGGUUGUUGAUGGGCUUGUUUAUGGUUUGUCUUCACGAGGAGUUCUUGAGAUUAAGUGUCCCUUUUUCAAUGGUGAUAUGAGCAAAGCUUCCCCUUGGUCACGAAUUCCGCUUUACUGCAUUCCACAGGCUCAGGGGUUGAUGGAGAUUGUGGAUAGGGAUUGGAUGGAUUUCUAUGUUUGGACUCCUAAAGGAAGCAGCUUGUUCCGACUUUAUAGGGAUGCUGAAUACUGGGAUGCCCUUAAAUUGGCACUCUCUGAUUUCUGGUGGCAGCAUGUUCAUCCAGCAAGGGAAUGUAUCUCUAAAUCCCCUGUCGUCUUGGAUCCACUCACUGACUUAAGAUCACUCAAACCACUUCCAAGACAUGAAUUGUGCAGCUAUAUAGUUUAUGACAGCAAACGCAUAGUCGAUGAAUCCAGACUGUUGAUGCGAGAAAUCAAUGGCAUACUCCAAAGCUCAUGAUGCAUCAUCAUACCUCUUAGUAGAUCACAAAUUAAUCAAUGUAUUAAUUAAUCAUAAAUUUCAAAGGAACUCAUCAGCAUUAGAAUGGCCUAUGCAUUAACCUUUCUUGAUGUGGAUGCUGCUGAUUCCGCUACUGAUGAGAGAAGAACAAAGCUGAAUGUGAAGUGUGCUUUGUACAUUGAUGGUACCCCAUUUGGUCCACCCACAAUACAAGGUUUCUUCAAUUCUUAACAUCUUUUUCACAUUUAUAUGGUAAAGCAUCUUUUAUGCCAAACUUACUUCAUGGUCAUGCAUAUUGGUGCUCUUGCUGGUAUGGUAGUGCAGGUUCGAGACGUUUCAAGCGGGAAAGAUGAGGGAUUAAUUGGUGGGGCUACGGUUCCUCUCUAUAAUAUCUUAAGGCAACUCGAAACAGGAAAACGAAAGGUCAGGCUUUGGCUAUCAAAAGUUGCAGAUGGUUCAUUCAGUACAAACUAAAGCGCUUGAAGAUGCUUAUGGACAAGUAUGAGAGAUGGUAAAUCUAACAUGUCGGCUGCCUAGAUUAUCUUGCAUUCAACACUAGAUAUAAUCAAGGAAAACGAAAACACUAGAAAUGGGCUUUCUUAUUUAUACCAGGUGAUUUAGUUAGUUGAUGUUCAUAUGUGUUUGAAUCUCUUGUUUGUUUGCAUAUAAUACUAAAAACAGUACUCAUUGAGUUCUUAAGGAUCUUAGGAAUCAUUGUCAAUUUUAUUUAUUUGGUUUGUAAGGAAAAUUUCUAAAUAUCAUCACUUAUAGAAAUAACUAAUGAAAUUGUCAUUGUCAUUGUAAA